CUUUCGUCAUAUUACAUUCUUUCAAUGGAUAAGCAACGAAGCGAUUGUGGUCAAUGUCGCAGAUCCACGUCGAGUGUGAGGCUGGCAAUACAACAUUUAACACAAAUUUAACAUAUAUUUUUAGUUCAUCAUUCUUUUCUCAUUUUUCUUGCAAAUAUGGAUCCCGAAAGUAUAAUUCCUAAGCGAACGAGUAAAAUAAGCGGGGCAAAGAGGGUUUCUCUUGGGGUUGGUGGAGCUUUGCUGGAACUACCAGCGACUGAACGAGGUGGAUGGUCCAACCCCAUCGAGUUUGUUCUAUCCUGCAUCGGGUAUGCCGUUGGCAUCGGCAAUGUUUGGCGUUUCCCUUACCUCGUAUAUCGCAAUGGGGGUGGUGCCUUCCUCAUACCGUUCAUUUUAAUGUUGAUAACAAUGGGUUUACCAAUAUUCUUUCUGGAGCUUGUCGUAGGACAAUACACUGGUCUUGGUCCUAACGAGGCAUUUGCGCGUAUGGCGCCAGCUUUUCAAGGCCUCGGUUACUGUACUUUAGUCGUUAUUGGAUUAGUUAUAGUCUAUUACAUGGUUAUCAUAGCAUGGACCCUCUUUUACAUUUUUGCAUCGUUCUCUCCAAAUCUUGCUUGGGCACAUUGUGAUAACUAUUUUAAUACCGACAACUGUUACAGUGGUAUACAAAAUCAGGAAUGUCAAAAUCAGAAUAACAUGACGUUAUUUUACAAUAGAACUUGUAUGGCAAUUGACGAAGUUUGUCAAAAGUUCGAUUAUAAUUUUGGAAAUAUUACUCAUUGUAUGAAAGAUAAUAAUGAUUCCAUUGCUCAUCGUUAUCUUUACAAAAGAGUAUUGUCCUCUGAAGAAUAUUUCAGCGAAUACGUUCUCGGUAUACGUGGUGCCACGUGGGAAAACUUUGGCGGCAUUAGAUGGGAAUUACUUGGAUGUCUCACUCUCGCCUGGGCAUUGUGCUAUUUCUGUCUGGUAAAAGGUAUUCAAUCUAUCGGAAAGAUCGUCUACUUCACUGCUCUAUUUCCAUAUGUUGUUCUAUUGGCAUUACUUAUACGAGGUGUCACGCUGGAAGGAGCCGGUGAAGGCUCUCUCUGGUACAUCACGCCCACCUGGUCGACACUGAAAGACGCCAACGUAUGGGGUGAUGCAGCAUCGCAAAUCUUCUAUUCACUUGGCAUCGGUUGCGGAUCUCUGGUCACUCUUUCGAGCUAUAACUCUUUCACCAACAACUGUCACAGAGACGCCAUAUUCGUCAGUGUUACGAAUCUCUUUACGUCCAUUUUUGCGGGCUUCGUGAUCUUCUCCAUAUUGGGAUUCUUAGCCAAACAGAUGCAAAUGCCAAUAGAGGAGGUUGUCCAAAGCGGAACUGGAUUGGCUUUUAUUGCAUAUCCGGAAGCAGUAGCGAGAAUGCCACUUCCAAAUCUCUGGUCGAUAUUAUUUUUUGUAAUGCUUCUUACCCUUGGUCUUGGUAGUCAAUUCGCAGGCGUGCAAGCGAUAAGUGCUGCCAUACUGGACAUACGUCCGGAUUUACGAAAGUACGAAAGCUACGUCAUAUUAGGAAUAUGUAUCUUCAGUUGGCUCUUGGGUAUACCAAUGAUCUUUAAUGGCGGAAUUUACCUGUUCACCCUGAUGGAUUGGAAUACAGCAUCUUGGGCUGUAUUAUUGAUCGGUUUCGCUGAGCUCAUUCUACCAUCUUGGUUUUAUGGAUGCAACAAAUUUAUACGUAACAUUGGCGAAAUGCAAAUGAAGUUCGGUCGCUUUCUAUAUAGCUAUUGGUGGCUCAGCUGGAUCGUCCUUGCGCCUAUCACCUGCUUGGGGGUCUUCGUGUAUCAAAUGUAUACCUACGAGCCGGCGAAAUAUGGUGAGUACGUCUUUCCUGGUUGGGCGAACACGAUUGGAAUACUGAUCGGAGUAUCUACCAUAGCGCCAUUCCCGAUCUUUUUCUCCGUACAUCUUUGGAAGUUAUUGAGGGACAGCGAUUUAUUCCGACCGACUGAAUCCUGGGGUCCAGCCAUCAAAAGGGACAAUUCGGAUAUGAAUAGUAUCAUAACAACACUCUCGUAGUAUCUUAACAAAUUCUUAAUGGAUGGAUUUAACGAAUGGAUCAACUAAUUUCUAUUAAAUAUUCUUAUAUUAUAAAAUGUUUAAGUAUUAGUAUUAACAGUGCGGAACAACGGGCACACGUACGUUAUUAAGAUGAAGAAAAUCUGCCUAGCAUAGCUCUCGGCAUAGUAAAUCUUAUUUCAUUACUUCUCGUUCUACGUUAUAUUCCGGUAGGGAACAUUCCCGGCGGUGUAAUUAGCCCUACUAAAAUAACCCGUUAUAUUAUAUUACAUAUGCAAUGAUAUAUUGUAUACAUAUACAUACCUAUAUGUAUAUAAAUAUAUAUAUAUCCAUAUAUAUAAUAUAUCCAUAUAUAUAUAUAUAUUUGUAUAUUUAUACAUAUAUAUAUAUAUAUAUAUAUAUAAAUAUACAUGAAAGGUAUCUCAUAGGAAUAGAUAUUACGCUAACUAUACUUAAUUAUACUGUUUCGUGCGUUGCAUCUUGACAAGCGCUUGCAUGUGUCUCAGUGGGCGGGGA